AAUGCGGACAAUUCCGGCAGCCACUCUAAGACCGUCAACUCCACCACCACUGCCUGUCAAUCCGCCAGAAAUAGCAGAGGCAGAAAUAAUAGUUGACCUUCAAGUCAAGGAAAUGUCGACAAUUCUGGAACCUCCAGCUACACCAAGACCUCCAAUUACACUGUUGCCUGUCACUUCGCACGGAACAGCAGUGCCAGAAAUUAUAGUUGACGAGGAAACAUGGACAAUUCCAGAACCUCCAGCCACGCCAACAUCGUCAACUCCACCGUCACCACUACCUGUCACUCCGCCAAGGUCAGCAUCAAGCCAAUUUGCAAACCGGAGAAAAUCCAGCCGGACUACGAGACCAAUUCUGAAAUUAAACAUCUCCACCACACUCAAGUCCACCUCUGCAAGAAAGAAGACUCGUAAAACUAGACGCCUCCACCGCUGCCCCAUUUGUCGAAAAGCUUUCUCCUUCAAAUCAACCCUGACCCGUCACCGGUUCAUUCAUCUCAGCCAAGAAGAGAAGACCGUGGCGAAGCAGACUUGGAGAAUCGGGUGCUUCUUUUGCCCGGCGAGGUUCCCCAACCAGUCUGCUUAUGAUCGCCACCUGGUCACCCACACGGGAGAAAAAUUCUUUCGUUGCGACCAAUGUGGGAAGCAGUGCUCUCAGAGUGGUCAGUUAACGGUGCACAAGCGCACCCACAGCGCCAACCCGAGGCCCUUCUGGUGCGCGGAAUGUGACAAAACUUUUGCCCUAAAAGCGGCUCUACUCAUCCACAAAAAAGCAGUUCACGAGAAACUGAAGGACGUCGAAUGUCCCCGGUGCCCAAGACGUUCAGCGCCAAAGGGGACAUGAAGAAACAUCUGAACAGCGGUCAUCUGAAAAUUCGGCACCCCUGCCCCCACUGCGACAAGUCGUUCGCAAAUAAAACGAGUCUUGGAAUACACGUGAAGAAGUUUCAUCCAGCAUAAUCCAGUCUUUCUCCUGCAAAAUGAAGCUGCAUCAACUGAGGAUGAGUUUUAAAUUUAAUUUCUUGAUUUUAUUUAAAAAAAUAAUAAUGAAUUAUUUUGUUAUUAACGAGAACCAUUUUUCGCACAGAAGUUCUGUGGCAGAACUCGUGU